GGUCUCUCGCAGUUCUUAACUCAUAAGUCUUAUCUAUCUAUAUAAGAAGAAAGGCAGCUCCUUUUUCUGGCUCACAGUCACAAGCUUCAUCGAAUCUAAGUGAGAGAAGUUUGCAUGUUGAAGAAAUCAUCGAGAAAAGGGAAAGAGAAAGAAGAGGGGAUUGGGUUGAAACCCGGGGUUGAAGCGUUGCAGACAUCACGGCUAUUCUAAGAGUCUAUCGCUUUCUCAUUCAUGUCCCAACUGUACGACGGGCGGGUUGCAUAAUUCUCGCCAACCCUUCGCCGCACGGUGGGCGUGGUGCGCUGCCUUCAGAAGGUGGUAGUCCCUCCGACCUCCUCUUCCUCGCCGGUGGCGGUUUCUCCUCCUCCUGCUAGUUUCUUCUUUCUCCUUUCUUCUACUUAGUCAACUGCUUUAACAAAACACACACAAACACUUUCGCUCUUUCUUCUUCUUCUUCUUCUUCUUCUUUCUCUUCUUUGAUUUCACAAAAUGAUGCUCAAAAUCAAGAGGGUUCCUACUGUCGUUUCCAACUACCAAAAAGAUGAUGCUGGGGACUCUUCUCGUCCCGUCGGAGGUUGUGGUCGGAAUUGCCUCAAAGCUUGCUGCAUUCCAGAUGCAAAACUUCCUCUGUAUGCUUUUAAGAAGGUUAAUGGAAAGGAUUUGGCUAUGCAUGAAUGCGGGGAGCCUCCCGUGGCAUUCCUGGACUCGCUUCUUCUUGGAGAGUGGGAAGAACGCAUGCAGAGAGGACUUUUCCGCUAUGAUGUUACUGCCUGUGAAACCAAGGUGAUUCCUGGUGAAUAUGGUUUCGUUGCUCAGCUUAAUGAGGGUCGUCACCUCAAGAAGAGACCAACUGAAUUCCGAGUUGAUAAGGUUCUGCAACCAUUCGAUGAAAACAAAUUCAACUUUACGAAAGUUGGGCAAGAAGAGGUCAUCUUCCAAUUUGAAGCUAGCGACGACGGAAAAAUCCAGUUCUUCCCAAAUGCUCCAGUUGAUGUUGAUAAUUCUCCCAGUUUUGUUGCCAUCAAUGUCAGUCCUAUUGAGUAUGGGCAUGUUUUGCUGAUUCCGCGCAUAUUUGAGUGUAUGCCCCAAAGGAUUGACCGUGAGAGCUUCCUGCUUGCACUUCACAUGGCAGUGGAAGCUGAUAAUCCAUAUUUUCGAUUGGGUUACAACAGCUUGGGUGCUUUUGCAACUAUUAACCAUCUUCACUUCCAGGCUUACUAUUUGGCUCUGCCCUUUCCCAUUGAGAAGGCCCCCACCAAGAAAAUUGCAAAUUUAAAUGGUGGGGUGAAGAUAUCUGAACUGUUGAAGUAUCCUGUUAGAGGUCUUGUCUUUGAGGGUGGAGAUACUCUGGAAGAUUUAUCAAAUGCUGUUUCAGAUGCUUGUAUAUGUCUUCAAAACAGUAAUAUACCGUUCAAUGUUCUUAUUACUGACUGUGGAAAGCAAGUCUUUCUGUUACCACAGUGUUACGCAGAGAAACAAGCUCUUGGAGAAGUGGAUGCUGAGCUUCUUGACACCCAAGUUAACCCUGCUGUGUGGGAAAUUAGUGGGCACAUGGUUUUAAAGAGGAAGAAGGAUUAUGAUGAGGCUUCUGAAGGCAAUGCUUGGAGGCUUCUUGCUGAGGUAUCCCUCUCCGAAGAGAGGUUCCAAGAGGUCAACGACCUUAUUUUUGAAGCCAUUGGCUGCAGUGAAUUGGACGAUAAUGUUGAAGGUGACAAGGAAGUUGAUGCAGUCAGCUCAAGUGCACACCCUACUGUGGUGGUAGCUGGUUCAAAAGAAUGUGUUGUUCUACAGUAACAAGGCUCUACUACUAUGAACAAAACUCAUGGAAUCUGCAGCAUUCUAAGAAUAAUUGCUGAACUAUUAUAUCACCGUUUAAGUUGUAGUACUGUGUUGUUCUUGAGCAUUAAGGUCAUGUGUUUUGUGUAUUUACCUUUUUUCAUGUGGAAGUCGAUGAAAUAACUACUCACCUGAGUAGUGUUGGUGAUUUGGGUGUAUGGUAAUAUGCUUGACUUGACUGUCUCUUGUGGCUUUCAUGCUGCAAGAAAUAAUAAAUUCAGGUAUCUGUUUGUUCAGGGCUAAA